CUAACCGGACGGCGGACCCCGCCCUCCAGAAGCGCGCCCACGGGGCGGGACGGACGGAGAGGAGAGGGACACCCCCUCCGGGCCUCGACCGGAGCCGGUCCUCCCCUCCGGGGCGCAAACCCGCGUCCCUCCCGGGCAUGGAGGCCCCCGGGGGCAGCGUGGCCCCCUCCCCCCCGGCCUCCCCGUCCCCCAGCGCCCUGGCCGCCCAGCUGACCACGGGCCUGGUCCUGGGGGUCCUGAUCCUCUGCUCGGCGGCGGGGAACGCCUGCGUGGUGGCCGCCGUGUCCCUGGAGCGGUCGCUGCACAACGUGGCCGGCUACCUCAUCGGCUCGCUGGCCGUCACCGACCUGCUGGUGUCGGUCCUGGUGCUGCCCAUGGCGGCCCUCUACCAGGUGCUGGGCCGCUGGACGCUGGGCCCGGCGGCCUGCGACCUCUUCAUCUCGCUGGACGUGCUGUGCUGCACCUCGUCCAUCCUGCACCUGUGCGCCAUCGCGCUGGACCGUUACUGGGCCGUCACCGAGCCGGUGGCCUACGUCCGGCGGCGGACCCCUCGCCGGGCGGCCGCCCUCAUCGGCCUGCCCUGGCUGGGGGGCUUCCUCAUCUCCAUCCCGCCCGUCCUGGGCUGGAGGACCCCCGAGGACCGCGCCGACCCCGACGCCUGCUCCAUCAGCCGCCACCCGGGCUACACCGUCUACUCCACCUUCGGCGCCUUCUACAUCCCCCUGGUCCUCAUGCUGGUCCUCUACGGGCGCAUCUUCCGCGCCGCGCGGUUCCGCAUCCGCAAGACGGUGCGGAAGGCCGGGGCCGGCGGGGGUCCCCCGGGCCCCGGCCUGGCCGACACCCGCCUCGGCCCCUCGCCGCCCCGGGGCCACCUGCCCCUCCCCCGGGGUGGCCCGGGCCCCCCGGACCCCGCCGCCCCGGACCCCGGCAGGGCCGCCGAGGCCAAGCGCAAGGCCGCCCUGGCCCGGGAGCGCAAGACCGUCAAGACCCUGGGCAUCAUCAUGGGCACCUUCAUCCUCUGCUGGCUGCCCUUCUUCAUCGUCGCCCUGGUCCUGCCCUUCUGCCGGCCCCCCUGCCCCCUGCCCGGCUCGCUGGGCGCCCUCAUCAACUGGCUGGGCUACUCCAACUCCCUCCUCAACCCCAUCAUCUACGCCUACUUCAACAAGGACUUUCAGAACGCCUUCAAGAAGAUCGUCAGGUGCAAGUUCUGCCGGCAGUGA